CUCGGGCUGCCUCAGUGAGGUCUGUCUCCCGUGGCUGGUGCUUGAUGAGCGCUGCCUGGCGCCGGCGCCGCCGCUCGGGCUGCUGGGUUCAUUUGUUAUCCGGCGGCCUGGCUCCAUUGCUGCACUGAGGGCCCUGAGCGGCUGCGUCCGCGGCCGGUCCCCUCUCGUCUCUAUUGUGUGUCCCGCAGGCCCAGCCCGCGCCCCGCUCGGGCCUCAGCAGCCAUGAGCACAGAAGACGAGAUCAUCCGCAUCGCCAAGAAGAUGGACAAGAUGGUGCAGAAGAAGAACGCGGCUGGGGCACUGGAUUUGCUAAAGGAGCUUAAGAAUAUACCUAUGACCCUUGAGUUGUUACAGUCCACAAGAAUUGGAAUGUCAGUGAAUGCAAUACGCAAGCAAAGCACAGAUGAAGAGGUUACAUCUUUAGCAAAAUCUCUCAUCAAGUCUUGGAAGAAGCUAUUAGAUGGACCAUCAACUGAUAAAGACUCUGAAGACAAGAAAAAGGAACCUGCAUCUUCAUCACAAAACAGUCCUGAAGCAAGAGAAGAAAGCAGUUCCAGUAGCAACUCCAGCAUCAGGAAAGAGGAGGCUAAUGCUUCGUCAGAUUCCUUCAUCCCUUCUUUUCCUCGGGCUCCAAGUACUUCAGAUUCUGUACGAGUGAAAUGUAGAGAAAUGCUGGCUGCUGCUCUCAAAACAGGAGAUGACUACAUUGCUAUUGGUGCUGAUGAGGAAGAGCUGGGAUCUCAGAUUGAAGAAGCUAUAUAUCAAGAAUUGAAAAACACUGACAUGAAAUACAAAAAUAGGGUACGAAGUAGAAUAGCAAAUCUCAAGGACACAAAGAACCCUAAUCUAAGAAAAAAUGUAUUAUGUGGGAACAUACCUCCAGACAGGUUUGCCAAAAUGACAGCAGAGGAGAUGGCAAGUGAUGAGCUGAAAGAGAUGCGCAAAAAUCUGACCAAAGAAGCUAUCAGAGAGCAUCAGAUGGCUAAGACAGGAGGCACCCAGACUGACCUGUUUACAUGUGGCAAAUGUAAAAAGAAGAAUUGCACUUACACACAGGUUCAGACCCGCAGUGCUGAUGAACCUAUGACAACAUUUGUUGUCUGUAACGAAUGUGGAAACCGAUGGAAGUUCUGUUAGAAGAAACAACUGUCAAGACACCUGGACCAGUAUGAAAGAGGAUUUUGUAAUUAGCUUUAAGAACUAGGCCAGGCAUGUAGGUUCCUGCAAACAAAAAACCUUUUUUUUUUUUUUUUUUUUUAAAAAGCAGCAUACAUCCCUGGAGUUAACCUUUGGUUUUUGACACAACUUCCUUAAAUGCUUUCCUAUAGUUAAUAGUCAGUAGGGCCCGGAUGCUCAAUUGUACGGUGUAUGUUUAAAAUAUUUUUUCAUUUUUAUAAGUAAGUUGACAUUAAACUUUUAUCAAUAAACUUUUGGUAACUGAAUUGUUUUUCUUAACUAUGUGAACAAUGUACUGUAUAUUUUUUUACAGUCUCAAACAUACCCACCAGACAUAUUUUACCUCUGAACUAUCUUAAAAAUGUAUGAAUGAAAUUUGUAUUUGUUUCUUAUUGGCAUAUUCCCACUAAUUUUGUGGGGAGGAAGGACAACUAACUUCAUUUUAAUUAUACCAAAUCUGCAGUGGUAUCUAAAUUGCAACUUGUUGGCUCUGUCUGGUUUGUACAUACCAUUUAUGAAUUAAUGCUUAAAUUCUGAUCAUGAAGUUUGGAACUUUGUUAAUGGAUCUAUUGACCUCUUCUGUUACAAUGCUUGGAUAAGUUUGCUUAUGUAACCAGCAUUGAUCAGUCCGAUUUAUUGUAUUGCCCUAAAGCCUGUAUAUUACUACCACUAGAUUUUAUUUCUGGAGAAAUGACUUAAAUAGUUUGUUUAAAUUUGAUUUAAUUGGUUUGUUUUGCUUAUGUGUUUGAUACCAGAGCUCAUUUUAGACUUUGUAAAUGAGCAAAGACAUUUUGUGGCAGGCUGUUUAAAUGGCGGUCAGUAACCGGUUGAUAAAAAGAUAAACUGGUUGGGGAAUUAAUAUUACUUUACAUCAAUUCAUAUAAAUGGCAUUAGUUUCCUGUGAACUGCUAAUGAACUUUAUUUUGAUAUGUAGAAUCAUUGAUGCCAAUGAUCAAACCAGAGACCAGAAUAAAUCAUUAAAAUUAUGGUCUUUCACCAUC